AUGCCCACCAGCCUGGGACCAGCCGUGCCGGAGGGACCGGCAGAGAGUGCCAACGGGCUCAGCAGCAUCUCCCACGAGUACCUGAAGGGCAGCUACACCCUGGACCUGGAGGCAGUGAAGGGGGGGGCCAACAGCCUCCCCCACCUCAACAAGACCCUUGUCACCUCCUGCAAACGGCUGCACAGUGAGGUGGACAAGGUGCUGGCAGGGCUGGAGAUCCUCUCCAAAGUGUUUGACCAGCAGAGCUCCCCCAUGGUUUCCAAGAUCCUGCAGCAGACAGCAGGGCAGAGCGGGGAGCAGGAGCUGGAGAGCCUGGUGCUGAAGCUGUCUGUGCUGAAAGAUUUCCUCUCCUCCAUCGAGAAGAAGCCCCUGUCCCGCAAGGCCAAGAGCAUCCCAGUGCAGACCUUCGAG